GGUGUCUCUGCAGGCCCGCCCUCCUGCGAUGCCCACCCACCCCCGGCAGCCCCUCGCAGCGCUGCUUUAGGUGCUGAAGGCCACGGACACUGCGCACACCAAGGUGGCCCUGGUUGGAGAGCCCGGACAGCAGUGGAUGAGCGCUGGGCACUGGCAUAGCCACACGCACACACCGGCACCAUGGACUUCGUUAUGAAGCAAGCACUGGGCGGGGCCACCAAGGACAUGGGCAAGAUGCUGGGGGGCGAGGAGGAGAAGGACCCCGAUGCGCAGAAGAAAGAAGAGGAGAGGCAGGAAGCGCUGCGCCAGCAGGAGGAGGAGCGGAAAGCCAAGCACGCCCGCAUGGAGGCUGAGCGGGAGAAAGUCCGGCAGCAGAUCCGUGACAAGUAUGGGCUGAAGAAAAAGGAGGAGAAGGAGGCAGAGGAGAAGGCAGCUCUGGAGCAGCCGUGUGAGGGCAGCCUGACGCGCCCCAAGAAAGCAAUCCCGGCGGGCUGCGGGGACGAGGAAGAAGAGGAGGAGGAGAGCAUCCUGGACACCGUGCUCAAGUACCUGCCCGGCCCGCUGCAGGAUAUGUUCAAGAAGUAACAGCACCACCGACCCUGCCAUGGGGUUCUGGGGCACGGGCGCCCUCCUCCCUCCCUCCCGUCCAUCAGUUCCCUUGGCCCCAGGGGGGUCCCUGCAUCCUCUCUCCAUCUCCUGCCCCUCCCUCGUCCCUCAACCAGACCAAACCAUCCCAUCCUGUCCAGGCAGGGCCCCCCAACCACGCCAUGCCAAAGGGGAGCGUCCCUGGCCGGACAGGGCGAACCGGGACCAAAUGCACUGAUGUAACCUGGCAGUGGGCUGGGGGCACCUCAGGCCCCACCGGACCCCGGGGCAGCUCCCCGUGCCCUCAGCCCUGCCCUUC